UGAAAUCCUGAUUUCCAAACGCUUCGCCAAACCCUACCCUCAUCUCUAUUCCGCUGGAGAGCGCGCAAAGCCGCGGAGCUGCGACACCUACUCACCAAUGGGGAUCGAUCUAAUCGCGGGCGGGAAGAGCAAGAAGACCAAACGUACAGCACCUAAAUCUGAUGAUAUCUACCUCAAGCUUCUCGUUAAGUUGUACCGAUUUCUCGUCCGGAGGACUGGAAGCAAGUUCAAUGCGGUGAUACUGAAGCGCCUGUUCAUGAGCAAGGUCAACAAGGCCCCACUUUCUCUCUCUAGAUUGAGCCGUUUCAUGAAGGAAAAGGAUGGCAAAAUUGCUGUUAUUGUGGGCACUGUUACUGAUGAUAUUAGAGUAGAUAAAGUUCCAGCCUUGAAGGUGACUGGUUUAAGGUUCACGGAAACUGCAAGGGCAAGGAUUGAGAAAGCCGGCGGAGAGUGCUUGACGUUUGAUCAGCUUGCUCUUAGAGCUCCUCUGGGACAGAACACGGUUCUCCUCAGAGGACCAAAGAAUGCACGUGAGGCAGUGAAACACUUCGGUAAGGCUCCUGGUGUGCCACACAGCCACACCAAACCAUACGUGCGGUCAAAGGGGCGGAAGUUUGAGACAGCCAGAGGAAGGAGGAACAGCAGAGGAUUUAGAGUUUGAGUUAUUAUUCUACUUAAUUUUGAGGCAAAUUUAUCAUUUUAAUUGUAGCAAUCCAAAUUUUGCAUGACAUUUAGGAAUCUUUGACAAUUGCUUAUGUUUGUUUCUUGUUCAUUAUAUAUCCUGUUGCACUGUUAAUUUACUUGGAAAAUUGAUGUCUUGAUUUGAGACAUAAGUAACUUCUCUUUCAUUCUCAA